AUGGAUUCUGAGGCUGAGUUGACCGACAAGGAGGUUUCAAGUUUGUUCGAGUCUGUCAGGACCGAACACCCCCCUGGAUCAACCUGUUGGGAUCAACAAAAUCAUCUAAACCAAUGGAUGUAUGGCCAACGGCACCGUCAGAGCAGGGUGAAACAUUUAACCAGUUUACCAGGUGGUCAAGCAAAUUCGGCCAGCAAGGGUGCAACACCAAGGGUUAGCAACAACAGCAGUGCCAGAACUUCCAGUCGAGGAUCUGCGUUGACGCAGGUCAGCUGCAAGUCACGCGAAAUCACCGCACGCUUCAGCAGCUGA